CCACCACAUAACAGUAUAACCGUAGUCCACGCUAUGGCCCAUCCAAUCUGUGCUUUUGUGUGCCUCGCUCUAUUUUUGUGCUUGACCCAGAACUGCUGGGCGGCUCCCUCCGGCGAUGAUUUGGCCAAGCUCGGAGAACUGGAGCGCACCAUCAAGGAGCUGACCAGCUCGAUACUGACCAUGAGUGCAGGAGGAGCAGGAGCAGGCUUGCUUGAGCGUAGCGUUGGCGAUGUCCUGGCUGGCAGGGAGGCAGGCAACAGUGGCUGGCCCGAAGACAGUCGGUCUUAGGACGAUGGCCAUGGCCUCCACUCAGCUCAAUCUACUAAACGGCG